CCGAGAUCAAUUCUGAAAAGGAAACUGACUAAAAAUAGUCGAUUGCCAAAUUUACCUGAGGAUUCUGCUGUUGAUUUUCAACCUUUCCUAGGAAGAUGAACCCUGGGCCCAAUCAUGGGAUGAAUCAUAUGGAUGAUAAUAGCACUAUGCCCCCCCACCAUCAUUCAUCCACUACAGCCUCUCACGUUCAUGGUGGGGGAGGAGGAGACACAAUGAUGAUGAUGCCCAUGACCUUCUAUUUUGGCUAUAAGGAUGUGGAAUUGCUGUUUUCUGGAUUAGUGAUCAAUACACCUGGAGAAAUGGCUGGGGCAUUUGUGGCUGUCUUUUUGUUAGCAAUGUUCUAUGAAGGUCUCAAGAUAGCCCGGGAGAGCUUACUACGCAAGUCUCAGGUCAGCAUUCGAUACAAUUCCAUGCCAGUCCCAGGACCAAAUGGAACCAUCCUUAUGGAAACACACAAAACUGUUGGGCAACAGAUGCUGAGUUUCCCUCACCUUCUGCAAACGGUGCUGCAUGUCAUCCAGGUGGUCAUCAGCUACUUCCUCAUGCUUAUCUUUAUGACCUACAAUGGGUACCUUUGCAUCGCAGUAGCAGCAGGGGCCGGAACAGGCUACUUUCUCUUCAGCUGGAAGAAGGCAGUGGUGGUGGACAUCACAGAGCACUGCCAUUAAUGUCAGACUUUAGGAUGUGACCUUAUUUUCCAUGAUGAGAAGUAGCUGGAGACUGAGGGAAUUGAUUUCAAGUCCUCCUAUUGUCCCUCCAUGGCCCCUUGCCUCCCAACACUUGCAUAGACAACAAAUCAAGGAGGUUUACCUACUAACCUCCAAGCUGGAUGGUGCCCUCCCCAAACUGUUGAUUUCUCCUCCCAGGCUGAGAUCUUCAGUUCUUCACUAAUCAAGGUAGCCUUUUGUUCUAAUGAUUUCUUGAUCAUCAUCUUCCCUUUUUUAAUCUCUUGUGUUUUUGUUGUUUUUUUUUUUUUUUAAUGACAAUUUCAUGGACAUUCGGAGGUCAUUUCUGGGUCCUAGAUGGAGACUGUGGGAAACUACACUACCUACCCCAUAACACUAGAAAAUGUCUCCCAGUUGUUGGUCUAAGUGAGUGGAGGAAUAGGGUGUGCUUUUGCCCAGGUGUGAAGUGAUGUGUGGCAAUCUGAGGAUUUGAAGAAGAAUUUAGGAGUUGAAUAAAGGCAUCUAGCAAAAAGAAGUGUCCCCUUACAUAGCAACAAUCUGGGUCAUUAGCUUUUGCUACCAUUUACUUUUUUAUUGUGAUCUCACCAAUCACACAAAUUGACAAUCAACUUAAUGAUAGUAAAUAUCUUCCAA